GGUCGGGGAUGCUCCAAGUGCAGCAGCAGCGCAGAGACGGCCGGGCCUGGCUUUGGGAUUGCUCUUAAUAGAUGAAACUCUGAUUUAAGGAAAUAAAACUUGCGGACUAACACCCCCUGAGGGGUCUAAAGGAGCGGCUGGAUUUUUGUCUCCCAACUUUCUGUGUUGAAGUAGACAAGAAGAAAGCCCAUAGCGCUGUACUUUUUAGUUUGCAGGUGUUCCCUAUCCAGGCACAACUUUAUAUAAACACCUGGCAGCUUUUCAGCCUGGAAAGAGUGGGAAUGUUGCCCUUGAAUUAAGUAGUACAGUGCAAUGGGGAGUUUAAUUUUUUUCACGUGUGCCAAAUGAGGUAGAUUACCCAUACGAAGAAAAAGGUAAUCUGUUAAUUUAGCCCUGUUAAUGGUUAAUGAUGGCUGUCUGUUCGUGAAAUUGUCACAAAGGGGAUAUAUUUAACAAACAUCUAUCUGGGAAAGUGCUACUUUUCACUCACUUUCACAGUUUAGUUCUAUUCUGCGCUUUUUGGCUAAAAUAUUUUUGUUUUAAAAAGUUAGUUUUCAAAACUGUGUGGCCAUUUGUAAACGUGCCCUCCCCAAACAAACAAAACUCCAGUCCACAACUGGAUUCUAAAUUAAACCUGAUGAAUUAUCUCAUAUUUAGAAGCUAUUGAAGAGUCAGACAAGUUGUAUAUUGGGGCCACACAGUCAUUGCUUUUCCUGCUGGAUCCAUCAUGAUAACUCCAGCUUUUGAACUGACCCAGGAUCCAGAUUUUCUCACAAUAAUAAUCAGAGUACCUUAUGCCAGAGCUUCAGAGUUUGAUGUGUAUUUUGAAGGGGAAGACUUUAAAUUUUAUGCUAAACCAUACUUUCUCAGAUUGACGCUUCCUGGGAGAGUUGUAGAAGAUGGCAGAGAAAAAGCAUCCUAUAAUACAGACGAAGGAACUUUUACAAUUCGGUUACCCAAGGAGGUUCCUGGCCAAUAUUUUGAGGGCCUGGACAUGCUGACAUCUCUUUUAGCACCAAAGAAAUCAAGAUCAGCAAAGCCUUUGGUAGAAGAGAUAGCUGCCUCUGCUGAGCUGUCUGAGGAGGAGGAGGAAGAAGAAGAAUUUGACUGGGAAAUAGAACAGACCCCUUAUGAAGAAAGUUCAGAAAGCACUCCACCACUGCAGCACCCUUAUGGAUUUGGGAAUUUGCGGUCAGGGGUGUUCCAGAGGCUGCAGGAUGAGCUCAGUGAUGUGAUUGACAUCAAGGAUCCAGACCAGACUCCUGCAGAUGAACGAAGGAGGAGACGCCUGGAAGCUGAGGCUGCCAAGUUUGAGCCUGAUCAUUACCUAGCUGAUUUUUUUGAAGAUGAAGCUAUUCAGCAUGUUUUAAAGUACAAACCCUGGUGGGUUGAUGCACAUAAAAAGAUGACAGCCUUGCAGAGGGAAAGUCAUCAGGAACAUGACACUCAUACAUUCGUUGUCUUCUCUGAGGAAGAGAGAGAGCAGCUGAGAAAGUUCACAAAUAAAUCUUACCUUCUGGAUAAAAGGAGCCGUCAUCAUGUAUAUCUUGGAUUAAUUGAUAUCCUCCUGGCAUAUUGCUAUGAGAUCUGUGUCAAUGAAGGGGACAAGAAUGUUGAAUCGUCUUGGAACAUCAGGAAACUGAGUGCAACGUUGUGCUGGCUGGAGAGCUUCACUUGCAUCCAUGAUGUCCUGGUAUCUUUUGGAAGACGAGUGUUGUGCUAUCCCCUGUACAGACAUUUUGGGUUAGUGACACGUGCCUUCAGGGACACAGUCAUGAUACUGCAAUUAGGAAAAGCUGCAGUUUUGAAGUGUCUGCUGGACAUUCACAAGAUUUUCAGGGAGAGUGACCCUGCCUACAUCCUUAAUGAUCUCUUCAUUACAGACUAUUGCAUCUGGAUUCAAAAAAUCAAGUCAAAAAAGUUGGCUGCACUCUCCGAGUCCUUGCAGAAAACCACGCUCACCAAGUCCCACAUGGGGUUGGAACUGGAGGAGCUGGAAGCAGCAGCAGUGCUGGUACAGGAGGAAGAGAACGCGUUAAAAGCUGCUGGCACAGUUUCCAAGCAACAGCUGCUUUCCUCGGAGUCGGAGACGAGUGACUCUGAAGAAUCAAGCAGCACUUCAUCAUCUGAGACAGAAGGCUCUGAUUCAGAUGAGCGAGAGUCCUCGACCAGUGAAGAUGGGGAAAUAAAUUCCUUCCAAGGCACACUUGAGGAGGAGAGGACAGCUCCACUUAUUGACUGUAAUGGACUGAGGCAGGGCACAAACACCUCGGCGCUGGGGGUUAGGGAUGGAACAGCAGAGGCUUCUUUGCAAUCUGUGUCUCUUCCCGGGAAAUUGAUAGAGGAAUUGGAAAUGCAAAUGCACUCUGCAAUGAGGCUUUCAGAGCAGCCUGAAGGAUUGGCUACUGCGAGCUGCGUUUCACAGGAACAAGCAGAAAACCCUGUACCCGAACCUGACAGAUUUUCAGAAGAUGCUGCUGGGAAGGGAAGUUUCUUGGAGGUGUCUUCAAAGCCAAACCCAUUGCUUUUUCUCUGCAGCACAAAUGAAGAUGAAGACUAAAGGACCAUGUAGGAACACGGUGUGACCCACGGGCACACAGCUCAUCACUGUGAUGAGAUGUCCCAAGGCUGUCCUGAGCUGCAGAAAGAUGUUUUUGAAAAGAAUUUGUAUGACUGUGUGUUAAACACCCUCCUAGUUAAUUUUUUUCUCCUCUGAUUCAACAGUCUGAGAUUUGAUGUGGGAAUGUAUAAUUUCAAUAAACUUGUAGAAGCAGUUGUCAUUAAGCUUA